GAGCAUAUAAAUACUAGAAGCUACCAUUUGUUUUAAUUAUAUGGAUUAACAAUCACACUGGUGAGGACUAGCCAAUCAGCUUUCGUUUCAUAUUUAACGCAUAUUAUGAAUUUUAUAUCCUGAAAAAAACUGAAAAAUCAUUUCUAUUUAUUUAGGCUAGAGAUUUAAUUCUUUUUUAUAGCAAUGUUUUCUUCUUCUACGUCUACUACUCAACUUUCCACACCAAUCGGACCAUAUAAAGCAACACAAUUAUGGAAUGAAAUAGUAAAUAAUUUUAAUGAAAAUAUCAAGUUAGGAAGACAUAGAAGGCAUAUGAAAACCUUCGAUGAUUGUUUUGUAGCAUCUGAGGCUGUAGAUUGGGUUCAUCAAUUUUUAACUAACAAGAAUGAAUAUUCGGGAGUAACCAGAUUUCAAGCUGUUCAACUGCUCAGAAAGCUACAGGCUUCUAAUAUAUUUGAAGAUGUUCGAGGUAAAAAGCAUAAUAAGGAAUUAUUUGAGGAUAAUAACAAACUCUACAGAUUGAAAAUAACACCAAGAAAUCAAAGACGUCAUACAGUAACAGGAAUAUCGGAUGAGAAUGGAAAGUCCUUGAAAGAUCUAUCGUCCUCUAAGAGUGGCAGAGUGCCCUUGUCUAGCCGAACAAGUUUAAUGAAUUUACCAAUUUUAUCUAGGUCUCAGAAAACUUCCAAGAAAGAAGAGAUGAAAAAGGAAUGCGAAUUGGUUGCUAUGAGCAGUACACGAAUAUCGAAGGAGGAGACUGAUGGAAUUUGGAAGAAUAUGGUUAUAAAUAAACUUCAAAGAGUUUUAGGCUUGAAUAAACUCUCAGAUUUAAUUCAAAUUGACAGCGUAAAUCCCGAAUAUAUUAUACAUAAUGUUUCUCAUGUCAGUAAGAACGGUGUUGUUACAAAUAUACCAAAAUCUGAUCAAUUACCUCAUUGGGUAUUAUCGGCAAUGAGAUGCUUAGCUCACUGGCCAGACAAAGUAGACAAAGACCUUCCCAGCUACGAAGGAUUCGAAAGAGAUGUUUUGAAUGUUGUUAAAGACUAUUUCUAUAAUCAUGAAGAACCUCUGCUAACUUGCCAAUUUUAUGAAAUUUUCGCUUUUAUUCAAGAUUUUCUAACCUCUUCAAAUUCAACUGAAUCCAGUCAUGUUGAUGACUCUAAUGCUUCAUCUGAAACUUUUCCGGAAGUGGAGGAAAAACCUUACCGUCCUGCUGAAAGAAGGGCGAAAACUUCUAUGAUGAAGAAACUGAAAGCUUUUUCUUCUUCCACUUCCUUAAACUCUGAAAAGCAUCAAUGUGCCGCUAGAUCUGAUUCUUUGUGCGCUGAACCGCCGACUCCAUCGAGAAGAUACGGUGAAUCUGGUUAUAGACGCUAUCCGGUCCAAUAUGCGUCUAUUACAAGUAUUGGGCAGAUGGAAACGAAAUCUCUCUGCUUGCCGAAAGAUGAUAAAAUGUUCUAUUCGAUGAACGACGUGAGGGAGAAUAAAAGAUUUUGCGAAACGCUUCGUGGCAAUCAAAGCAAUGUUCUAUACAAUUGGACAACCGUCGAAAAUGACAUUAGAUCAGUUGUUAGUAAAGCUAUUGCUAGUCCAACUUCUCACGCUCCUUAUAGGAUGAGUCCAAGAUACUUGGAUAAUCUUGAGAGUAAAAAAGAUUGGAGACGACGUCAACCGAGCCCACCCCCCUAUGUACCUCCACCCCCAUAUAUGAAGAAGACUUCGGUAUUCGUCUGUCAGGAGGAAAUAAAUAACGAAAUUGCAUCGAACUUAAAAGUCGAAGAUUAUAAAACGCCGGAAAAACCUUGUAAAACUUUAAGCAGAAGCAUUAGUUCGCCGUGCAUUGUUACUCCGUUGAAGAAGAACAAAAUGAUUGAAGCGUUACAAACAGCACUUUUAUUACUUCCUCCAGGAAACAGAAGGAAAUUGCACUUACUUUUGAGAUUAAUGUCGAAAAUGAUAAGUAAUCGCAAACUCAAACUUGUUUCAGGAGAAUCUAAUAGAGACUUUGUCAUUUCUACGUUUACCAUUUGUAUUAUAAGGCCAGAGAAGAAGAAAGUAGAAGAUUUGGAAAUAGCAGACGCCCAUUUAGUAUCUUUAUUAUUAGAUAAUUAUCAAGCGGUUUUAUCCAUCCCAGAAACUUUAAAAGAUCAAAUAGAAGAAAGAAUCAUUUCAUUGAGAAGAGCAAAGUCUUUGGAAUCGGUUGUGUUGAAAAAUGAUUGGGCGGACAAAGUUUACUGCAGUCAAAUAUCCGUUCAAGAAUUCGAAAAUCAAAAGUUAAGUUCAUCGCAACAAGCACUACGUGAUCUAUUGGAUACUAUUACAAAGAAUGAAAAUAUGACUGACAAGGAAAAGAAGAAGAGAUUGAAAGAGUUCAAGACAAGUUAUCCGGAAAUCUAUGCCAGAAAAUUCAAGAAUGAAGAUCCAUUGGAUGAUAAAGGAAGACCAACGUUAAAACAAAGCCUUUUACAGAAUCCAAUAAUUAAAUUUAAAGGACUAAGGAAUUAAGAAAAGAAAGAAUUUUCUUAUCUUUCGUAUAUUGUUUCUAAUUUGCAUAAUUAUUUUCGUUUUCGAAAUAUUUCCUAUAGAAUUGUUUAUUUUUCCCUUUUUUCUUUACCUUUUCUUUUUGAAUAGACA